AGUCGGUACGUGGUGAGCGGGCGGGCAGGCCGUGUGUCGCUCUUGCUGGUGUGAGAGGAAGGAGCACAGGUAAAAGAACACUACCUGAAUCUAUUGAACUGAGAAACUCACUCACUCACUCGCUCACUCGCUCACUCGCUCACUCACUCCCUUGACAAGUCACCUGGAAGAAAAAAAAGAGAGAGUGAGACAGAAUCAAAAUAAAGAAAACUCCAAAAGGAACCAAAGAUACCUGGAGGGGAAAUAAGAAAAUAGAGAAAAUAAAACAGCUUAAAAUCGAAGGAUAGAAGAACUUGGAGGGGGAAAAAAAUAAAGAGAGGACAGGAAUAGAAAACGGGUAUAUAACAAAAGAUCAUCGAAAUGACUCGAAAUUGACGUGGAAAGAAAGAAAACGGAAGAUAUUUAUAAGAAAGAGAGAGAGAAAAAAAAAAGAAGGAAAAAAUUGACGGAAAAAUCAAAUGGCGAAAAAAAAAUAUUAAUGAAGUAAAAAUAAAGAACGAAAUAAAUAAGGAAAGUAAAAAUAGCAAUAGAGCAAAACGAAGGAAAACUUAGAAAGAAGGACAAACAAAGAAGGAAAAUAAGAAAGAAAACCAAAUAUCGAAUGAAAAAUUGCUGGGAAAUAGAUAAAAGAAAGUAAACAAUAAGAAAAAAACAAGCAAAAAAAGAUAAACAAUACAACAUAAAAUAAUAAAACAAUAAGUAAAUAAAAGAAAUAAAGAAAAGGAGAGAGAGAAAAAAAUACAAAACACAAAUUUAUAUAAGAAUAACGAAAAAAAAACAUUAAGAAAGAAAAUCAAAGAAAAAAAUAAAUAAACAAAAGCAACAAAACAUACAGGAAGAAAAAAACACGUAAACAAAUAAACAGUAAACAAAAAGAAUAAAGAAAUAAAGAAAAGUGAAAUUCCUUACGAACUUCUAAAAUCUUUCACGAAAAACAAGAGAAAAAGAAAAACAAAAUAAUCCGCAAGAACGUGACUCAAGAGCGAAGAAGAGAGAAGAAGAAGAGGAAAGGAGAGAAGAAGAAACAAGAAGAGGAAACAAAAGGAAGAAAUAAAGUCAAUAUGUCAGCAAAUUAACCUGUGAAGAUAUUACAGGUGUGUUGGUGGACGUGGUGCAGACAGGUGAGGACAAGCGGGCUACACACCUGUCUCUACACACCUGAGCAACUCCUUCCUGUUUACCCGCCACAGAAAAAGGAGGAAAGAAAAGGAAGGAAAGAACAAGUCGGGGAGGGAAAAAAGAUGGUGAAGUGACGCCGUAGAAAGAAAAGAAGGACGGUAACUAGAGGGAGGAAAAUAACAAAAGAAAAGAGGGAAUAAAAGGAAAGGAAUAGGAGGAGAAGGGAAAAACAAAAUGGCAGAGUGAAAAAAAGGGAGAGAAAAAAGUGCAAAAGGAGGAAAAGAGACGAGAGAGAAAGAGAGAGAGAGAGAGAAACUCAGUGAGGAAACAAAGAAAAGGAUAAACGUAGAGGCAAAGGAGAACUGAGUAAAAGAGGAAGAGAAAAGACAAAAGUGGAUAAGAGAAAAUAGAAUAAACGGAUAAACACAUAGAAAAGAAUAAACGAGGUAACUGGGGAAGACCUAGUGAAAGAGAAUAAAGGGAGAAGUGAACUAAUACAAUAAAUACGAGAAAUAGAAUAAUAGAAGAAGAAAAAUAAGAAGAUAAUGUGAUAAACGAGUGAAAUAAAGGAAAAAUCAACGAGAACAGAGAAAUAAAAGAUAACAAAUAAGAGUAAGUGAUAAAAGAAAUAGAAUAAAUAUAAAAGAAGUUGAUAAAGGACAUGCCAUAGAGAGAUCAACGAAUAAAGUGGCCGAAAAAAAAGAAACAAAGGAAGGGAGAAGUGAAGGAAAAAGAAAUAAAAGAGAACUGCAAUAGAACAGAGAAAAGACAAUAAAAAAAGAGUAGUGCGUGUGUUAGUAGUGAAAAAAAAAAAACACACACACACACACACACACACACACACACACACACACACACACACACACACACAGAAAAAAACACUGCAAAAAAAAUGUAAAGGAAAGAAAAAAAUAGAAGAGCGAAAAUAAAAGGACAACAGUGAGAGAGAGAGAGAGAGAGAGAGAGAGAGAGAGAGAGAGAGAGAGAGAGAGAGAGAGAGAGAGAGAGAGAGAGAGAGAGAGAGAGAGAGAGAAACUGAAGAGAAAAAAACAAAAAAAGGGAAAUAAAAGGAAAUAAAGAAAAGGAAACAGGAAAAAAUGAGAUAAAACUAGAAAAGAACGAAAAGCAAAGAAAAAGGAAAAACAGACAAAAUGAUUAAUAAAGAAAAGAAGAAAACGAUGGACACAAAAAGAUAAAAAAAGGACAAAAAAUAAAAACAGACAGACAAACGAACAAACUCGUAGGCCUAAAAGGAAGAGGCCUACCCAUGGCGUGGGCACUCAGGUGGGGGGAGGGGGAAGAUCAAGCCCCCGCCCCCUUUCACCUUCCCCCUCCUCCUCGCCAAUGUCUUCCUCCUCUUCCUCUUCUUCCUCUUCGUACCCUUCACGGCAGCAUCCUUUGAUUUUGUGGUGAGGCCGGAGUUCGGGGAGCGGCCUGGUGACCUGAACGUGACCACCUUCGCGGGGCAAACGGCACACCUGCCCUGCACCGUCAAACACCUGGCCGGGAAGAGGGUAUCGUGGAUAAGAGGGCGUGACCUGCAGGUGUUGUCAACGGGGCGCAUUACUUUCUCCACUGACGUCAGAAUCUCAGUGUUGCCAGGCAGUAGUGGGAAGGUGAAAAGCAGAAAUAGACGCAAUGUUCAUACUAGCGUGGAGGUGGAGGUGGUGGAGGUGAAGGGGAGGGGCACUGACGAGACGCCGCGAAGAGUGAAGAUGCCACUUAACUCCUCCACUUCACUCUCUUCUUCCUCCACUUCUGCCUCCUCCAGCAGCAAUGAGGAAAAGGAUAAGGAGGAGGGUUGGAAGAGACAAGGGGAGGUAGUCAAGCAGUACUCCUCUUCUCCCUCAUUAUCUUCUGCUGCUGCUACCUCCUCCUCUUCCUCCUCCUCCUCCUCCUCCUCCUCCUCCUCCUCCUCCUCCUCCUCCUCCUCCUCCUCCCGUGGCCACAGCAAGACACAGCCACACUCCCACAAAAGCAAGGCCCAGCAGCGGGUCUCCUACACCCGCUACAUCCACAAAAGAAGGAACACCAUCCCACCUCACCACACACACCAAAACGCAAUGCACACGCCACACCACCACCACCACACAAACCACAAACACCCACAACAUCACCCAAAACACCACCACACACACAACCACCACCACCACACAAAGGGAAACCAAAAGAGAAACCCUGCAUAUUCAUCACCGCCACUUCUGCCCCGCCUGGCCCGCCGCCGCCGCAGAGCCCUGGAAUGGCCCUCCUGGACAACAGACUAUUUCUACCCGUUUCACCACGACGAGGACACCAUAUCAGGUCUGGGCGGUUCCCCUGCUUGGUUCCAUAGACAGCUUGCAAGGUUUAACAGCGAGGGGUCCAGAAGCUAUACAGAUCACCUGAAUCCUAUUGCCAUUUACCCUCAAGGGCCCCUCACGCACGACCCCCAAGCCAAGGGACACGUGCCAGGCCCUAAUUACAUUGAGGGCGUGUGGGAACCUGAAGAUUACACGCUGCAGAUUAAAUAUACGAAGCCUGAGGAUGCCGGCACUUACAUCUGCCAGAUUAACACGGAACCGCGCAUCACCCAAGUGGUUCACCUCAGCGUUGUCAAUAUGAGAGCAGAGAUCGUGGGAAGUCGAGAGCUUUACGUGAAGGCGGGAACACCUGUCACGCUGGCUUGCAAGGUGAACCACGGGACCCUUAUGCCAGGCUUCAUCCUCUGGUACAAGGGGGACCGUUUGGUGGAGUAUGACACGAGUGGAGGGCGGAUCAGCGUGUCCACGGAACCCACGGGCGUGAGUCACCUGCUUCUGCGCCACGCCCGACCAGGUGACUCAGCUAACUACACCUGCUCCCCCUCCGCCGGUGCCCCAGCCUCUCUGACCCUCAACGUGAUUGUAGACGAAAGACAAGCCGCCAUGCAACAAGGGAACGCCGCCCCUCCUCCGCCAGCCCCCCACCACCACCUCCUCCCCCCAACACUGGCAAUGCUAUGGGGUAUUAGUGGGGGAAUGGUGCAAAGAUUGGGGAGUUUGGGGGUGCUAGUUAUGGUGGGGAAGCUAUUACUCUCCACCCAAGUACCUCUCCUCCCCCUCUUCUUCCUCUUCCUCUUCCCCGUGUUGUGUAUCCUUCCCAGUUUUUGUUUUCAGAGGAAAGGAAGAAGAUUCAAGUGAAGAAGUUGGUAGUGUGUGUGUGUGUGUGUGUGUGUGUGUGUGUGUGUGUGUGUGUGUGUGUGUGUGUGUGUGUGUGUGUGUGUGUGUGUGUGUGGAGAGUUACUCACAGUGUACAGGGAGUUAUGAGAGAGGAUAAUUAAAGGUAAGAAGGAAGGAUGGAAGGAAAGAAGGAAGGAAGGAAGGAGUAAGGAAGGCAGACAGGUGUGUGUGGAGGAGGGACCACAAUGUAAUUAACAAGACAGGUGAGGUAGAAGGAAACAUGAGGGGAAAUGAAAAAUGGAGUCAAAAGGAAAAACGAAAAAAAAAAAAGAAAAAGGAAAAAAAGAAUAGAAUAUCAAAAUGUGGUGAAAAGAAACAAGACAAGACUGAGAAGAAAGAAAAAAAUACAGUAAAAAAAGAAAGAAAAAAGUGUCGAAAUGUGAGAUGAAAUGGACAAGAAAAACAAAAAAAAAACUGAAGGAAAGAUAUGAAAAGAAAGAAACGUAACACUAAAAAGAGAAAAAAAGAAAGAAAAAGAAAGGGUGUGUGGAAAUACGAGUGAUAGAACAGAGACGCAAAAUGAAAACUGAGAACGAAAGAUUUGAAAAGAAAAAAAGCAAAAUAGAGAUAUCAGAAUGCAUAUCAAGGCAAUAAUAAAAUAAACAAGGAAAAAAAAGUGCGUUGAAAAAUAAAGAUGGGAGAUGCAAAUAGAACAGAAGAAAAGUCAACAAACAUGACACACCAGAAAAUAAAAAAAAGAAAGAAAAAGAAAAGAGCAUGUGUGUCAAAUGUCAGUGAUACUUAAAAAAAUCAAAGAGAAGAGUGAGGAAAAGAAAAGUUUGUGUUGAAAAGCAAAGAUGAAAGUCAAGAGGUAUACAUGUACCUCAAAAGUUACGUUCGUGUGGACAGGUGAGGCUCAGAAAUUACAGGUGUGUCAAUAAAUAAACAAACAAGUCCUGAGUUAAUUAAAGCAGUGAAAUACAAGGUGUGGAAUCAGUACAGACAAUAAAUCGAGUGUAUCUUAAAAAUAGGUGUGCUGAGAUGACCAAAAAGAAAAGGAAGGAGAAAAUAAUACCAAUGAAAAUAUGAAAAUGAUGAACCCAAGAUGCACGAGAAGAGAAAACAACGAAAACAAGUUACACGAAACAAUGUGUGUGUGUGAAAAUGCUUGGAAACUCAGAGUGAGAAACAAAGCAGGUGUUUGAAAAGACGCAAAAACAACUUGCAUACUUAGAAAUAUUUCACUGAUAAGAGAAAAUACACAAAAAUUACUGAGAAAAAGGGAUGGUGAUUACAAAGAUGGAAGAAUAAUUUGUGAAAAAAAAGCAAAAGUUUGAGAAAAAAAUGUACAAAUUGAAGCAGAUAUUAAUUAAAAAUGUGCGAAUGAAACUUGGUAACUAACUGUAAAUAUAUAAAAAAAAAAAUUGUAUAUAUAUAUAUUAUGUAUGUAGACUGAGUGAGACAGGUGUAUGAAAAAAAAAAUAUAUAUAUAUAUACAAAAUGGACUUGACAUUAGCACAGAUGUAUCACAAGAGGCGGGUGUAGCAGAGGUGUAGAGGUGUGCCUGGCAACGCAAACUGGGUGCAUGAGGGCGUUACGAGCAGCGAUACAACAUUAGGGUUGCGCAGGGCAGCUGGAAAUAUAAUAUGGACUGAAAAUAAAAAGUUUGCCAAAUGUCUGACUCGGUGGAAAAGUUGAGUAAAUGAACUGCCAAGGAGGGGAGAGGCUCUGAAACGACUCCAUGGGAAAGAAAAUAAUAUAAACUGGCGAGGAAUUAAAACUUGAGAACAUGUGCACAGCGGAGAGAAGACUUGUUACUGGUGGAGGAGACGAAAGUUAAUGAAAAGUGUAUGAAAUGAAAAGAAAGAAAAUGCACUAGUUGGGAAAAAUAUGCUAUGAAUAUUAAGAAGAGAGGAGAAAAAACCAGGCAAGUAAUCUUGAUGGAGGCGAUGGAGGCGACGAGGGUUCAUGUAAAAUGUAUGAAAAUAUAUAUAUAUAUAUAUAUAUAUAUAUAUAUAUAUAUAUAUAUAUAUAUAUAUAUAUAUAUAUAUAUAUAUAUAUAUAUAUAUAUAUAUAUAUAAAAUACACAAACACACUAAGUGCAUCAGAGUAAUAUGCAAAUUAAAUACAAAACACUUAAAAUAUAAAUAGGAAAAUCAUACAUAAUUCAAAACAAUCUUCAACAAGACAAAAAAAAAAAAAAAAAACUGACUAAAGAGCGAAAAAAGACAUGGAGUAUACCUUUGAAAACUUAAAAAGCUUUAAAAUGCAAUAUAGCCACAUCGAAAAGCUGCUCUCGCCACAAACAGGCGCGUCAAAGGCUGCCUCACCUGCAAUUUACUUAAGCUUACCUGUGUGAAGCUAGACUGCUCGCGAAGCUUGAAAAACGUGCAAGCUUCACCACGGACACUUAAUGUAUGCGUGUGCCGCGGCAGGAAAAGCGAGAACAUUAAUUAAUAUAUAAAAAAAAUACUGAUGCUUCGACUUAUAAUGUUGGUGAUCAAAGGGAGACUAAUGUAGUGUUUACCUCGCGCUGCUUUGACCCAGAAUGCUGAAAACUUUGAAUCGCCCUCAGAAAAUGGCGGAUGAAAUGCAUGGCUGAAGGAAACGAGCUAGUGUUGCUGUGGCGAUUAUUAUUAAUGUCACUGUUAUCGUGGCUUCUGAUGUCAGGUGGGGCAAUACUCAGUGAAAUAUUGAUAGAAAAAAAAUAAAAGUGAGACGAAAUGAAAAUGAAAUGAAUGACUCCAAAAAUGUUUACUUUGAUUGUUUUUGCUGUUAUUAUUAUCAUUACUCAGAAAUUAGUGCAAUGUUGGGUCAGAAAAAUGAUAGUAGAGAAAAGUUAAAGCAUAAAUUAUAUAUACUGGUAAAAAAAAGGGGGGAGGAGAAAGAAGGAAAGUAAAAUAAAACGUUUCAUGAUAAAGUUAUAAAAUUAUGCUAAGUUUGGAAUACUGAAAAUGGCGCAGGAUGGAAAAUUUUGAAAAGACCCUCAAGAGACGCAAGUUUUUUUUCCUUUUUUUUUUUUUUGAGGGGAGGUGAGGAAGGGGUCGAAGGGAACGAAGUCAACUUAAGUGUAAAAAAAAAAAAGACUAAUUAAUGACAGAAAAAAAAAAAUCAUGGGGACGGUAAUUUUUCAUUCCUUUCUUUAAUUUUCGGAAAUGAAAAAAAAAAAACGUGUCCUGCAAGUUCAUUUUCAGGACAAAAAAUGAAUGGAACUAAAAGAAAUGAAAAAAAUGUGAAGGAAUGUAGAUAAAAAUUGAAAAGUGAGAUAGAGGAACCUUUUAACAACUGUGUGUGUGUGUGUGUGUGUGUGUGUGUGUGUGUGUGUGUGUGUGUGUGUGUGUGUGUGUGUGUGUGUGUGUGUACAUGACCGUUUUUAUGUCACAUACGUACAUAUGCUUACCUAUGUAUACUCUGUGGCUCUUUAUGUACGUAUGUAUAUAAAUGUUUGUGUGUGUGUGUGUGUGUGUGUGUGUGUGUGUGUGUGUGUGUGUGUGUGUGUGUGUGAACGUCUGUGUUCGUCGGUCUGUGUAUGUCCUUUGGUUCUGUAUAUCUUAAUAUUUUUUUAGAAUAAAACUGAAUAAAUCUCGUCUCAAAAAA